CAGCACGCUUGGACGUCCAGAUACUGUCCUUUUUUCUCAAUCUUGAUUCGAGUGUGAAUUCAGUUACAAGUGGCCGUGUCGUCACCGAAUUAGUACCAAUGGCGACCACUGCUACCCAGGCAGCUUCUGCCACCAAGUCGAAGCCGGAAAGACUUCCUAUUACUGUCUCCAAGCCCACUCCGUACACUUUCGAUCUAGGUCACUUGCUUGUCAAUGAUCCUAAUCCCCUCGAAAUCUCCCGCUCCGAGCCGCUGGAAACUACCCUGAAGGCCACCGCCCGCGACGGCACACAGUCUCUCCUCAACCAGCUCUUGACAACCUGCCCCAUCAACUCUUCACAACAGGGUGUACUUCUCACUCUUCCCGCACCCGCCACUGCCCUUCCCCGUCACAAGCCCCUGCCGACGCCCAAGCCGCCGACCAAAUGGGAGUUGUUCGCACGCAAGAAGGGUAUUGGCAAAUUCAGCAGCAAGCCUGGUGCGGCUUUGGCAGACAAGGAGCGCCGCAAGAAGCUCGUGUACGAUGAGGAGAAGGGUGAAUGGGUGCCUCGCUGGGGCUACAAGGGAAAGAACAAGAACGAGGAUGAUUGGUUGGUGGAGGUGAACGAGAAGGAUUGGAAGAAGGAGGAAGAAGCCGCUGCCAAGGGAAGCUCUAUUCGUGGAAUCUCGCGCGCCGAACGCAAGGACAGGAUACGGCGCAAUGAGAGGAAGAUGCGGUCGAAUGAGCGCAAGUCGAGAAAGUCUGGCGGCGGUUAAGCCAGUCAGGAAUGACAAGCGCGUUUUGAGAAGCCGUGGUUGUGUUGUUGGAGAUAAUCCCUCAUUUGCAUAAUUUAACGGGGGCUUUCCUUAUAAGGCGUUCGGUCGGAGUCGCUGGUCUGCUGGUCUUGAAUGUCAACUUGCCUACGUAUGCACAUUAUCAUUGGUAGGC